ACGAAGAGGCUGACGCUCCUCUGUUUCUCUAUUAUACAUUUCGCUGCUUCCCUCUUUCGCCGCUACUUGUCAACGCUCUUCCGUCGCCAGUUGGAACCAUUCCCAUCCAUGGCUUCCGUUGCGUCUCCUCCUCGCCUUCUCCCUCUCCUUCUCGCUCUCUCCCUUCUCCUCGGUGCCCGCCGCGCCUCCGGCGGCUGCUACUCCGCCAUCUUUAGCUUCGGCGACUCCCUCGCCGACACUGGCAACGCCAUCCGCCUCGGCGGUCUGGGAGGCCCCACCGGCACACCCCCUUACGGCCGCACCUUCUUCAAUCGCCCCACCGGCCGCUUCUCCGACGGUCGCCUUAUCGUCGACUUCAUCGCCCAAGGAUUGGGAUUGCCUCUGUUGCGGCCGUAUCUUGGAGGAGGGAGCAGCGAGGAUUUCCGGCAGGGGGUUAAUUUUGCGGUUGCCGGAGCCACGGCGCUCGAUCUCUCAUUCUUUCGCGAAAAGGGGAUUCAACCUACGUGGACCGAUAAAUCCUUGCAUGUACAGAUCCAAUUGUUCAAGCAAUUGCUGCCUUCGAUCGCUGCUGGUCGGGAUCCCAAGGACGUCUUGAACAGUUCAUUGAUCUUGAUGGGAGAGAUUGGCGGGAAUGACUACAACCAACCCUUCUUCCAAGGAAUAAAAUUGGAUGAAAUAAGACCCUUCGUUCCUAGUGUCAUCAGCGCAAUUAGUUCAGGAAUCAAUGAUUUAAUUGAGCUUGGGGCAAAGACAUUGUUGGUUCCAGGGAACUUUCCAAUUGGAUGUGUUCCAGUUUAUCUAGAUAUCUAUAAGAGCUAUAAUGUUGAAGAAUAUGAAUCAGACACAGGCUGCAUCAAGUGGUUGAAUGAGCUAUCCAAGUAUCAUAAUCGCUUGCUCCUGGCUGAGUUGGAUCGGCUUCGGAAGCUUCACCCAAAUGUCAUGAUCAUAUAUGCUAAUUACUAUGAUGCCAUGAUAAGCUUUUUUCGUGCUCCAGAAGUCUUUGGAUUUAAGGCUCCUCUGCACGCUUGUUGUGGAAGUGACGGCCCAUAUAGUGUCAAUCGAAAUGCUCCUUGUGGUCAUAGAAAUGCAAAGGUAUGCAGUGACCCAUCUAGUUCUGUCUCCUGGGAUGGCAUUCACCUAACCGAGGCAGCUUAUGGGACAAUCGCAAGCAGCUUGUUAGAAGGACCCCAUGCCAAUCCUCCGUUAACCCGGGCAUGCUCAAGCACUCGACAGAACGCAGUGGAUGACUUCUAGCCAACUUAAAUCAGGUACGAUACACAAUUUAUUAGGAACAAUACACCUCCAUGGUUAUUCUGCCUCCAGGUGAAAGUUGAUGGUCGGAGUCAUGAUAGGUCAAAUCUACGUUCCUUUCGUUUAUGUAUUUAUAAUUUUCGAUGGUAGAUACCACAAUGUUAACUUAUAAGAGACCGUAUAUCUGUGAUUCAAUCUCACAGCAGAGUGGAUAGUGUGAUUGCUUUAAAA